CCGGGUUCGGCGGCCCCGGGUCGGGCGCGGUCGGGGCCCCGGCGGGGCGAUGCGGAAGCCCGACGGGAAGAUCGUGCUGCUCGGGGACGUGAACGUGGGCAAGACGUCGCUGUUGCAGCGGUACAUGGAGCGGCGCUUCCCGGACGCGGUCAGCACGGUGGGCGGCGCCUUCUACCUGAAGGCCUGGCGUUCGCUCCACCUCUCGCUCUGGGACACUGCAGGGCGGGAGCAGUUCCACGGCCUGGGCUCCAUGUACUGCCGGGGUGCGGCCGCCGUCAUCCUCACCUACGACGUGAACCAUCGCCAGAGCCUGGUGGAGCUGGAGGACCGGUUCCUGGGCCUGACCGACACGGCCAGCAAAGACUGCCUGUUUGCCAUCGUGGGGAACAAGGUGGACCUGGUGGAGGAGAGGGUGGUGGCCAGCAGGGAGAAGGACCAGCCACUGCCCAGGGCGGCCAGCACCAGGCCUGGUGCAUCCCCCAGGCAGCCGAAGCAGGCACGGCUGGAGGAUGCCGUGGCCCUUUAUAAGAAGAUCCUGAAGUACAAGAUGCUGGACGAGAAGGACGCGCCAGCAGCCGAGCAGAUGUGCUUCGAGACCAGUGCCAAAACCGGCUACAACGUGGACUUCCUGUUUGAGAGUGUGUUCGACAUGGUGGUGCCCCGGAUCCUCCAGCAGCGGGCCGCAGGGCCGCCACAGACUGUGGACCUGACCAGCAGCAAGCCCGACGCGCUGCCCAGGUCGGGGUGCUGCGCCUGAGGCAGGCGGGCCGCGCCGGGCCGCGCCGGGCCCGGGUGAGGCGGGGGUCUGCCCUCAGCGGCUGCCACGUUGUAUAGCACAAGUGCCUGCUGCUCUCCUCAGAUGUUUCUCUACACUGUGAGUCACAGAGCUCCUCCCAUUUGGGAUUUGUAUUUUGAUGCAUUUUAAUAAUGAUUCCUCACAUUUAAUUUAUUAAAAAAAUCAAGAAUG